AUGAAUUGCUCUGUGUAUACACCAUCUUUUUUACCGUAUCGAAAUUCUCAUCCCCACCCAUUAUCAUCAUUUCGUAUUGAUGAUAUUUUGAAAACACCGACAGCGAUUUCACCAGCAGCUCUCGAUCCAACAACACUAUGGUCAUCGUUCGCCGCUCAACUUUUGGCUUAUUCACCUGAACUUUUAUCAGUUGCGACGACAACAACAACAACAUCAUCAUCAUCGUCGUCAUCAAAUGAUAUUUCACCACCAAUACCAAACUUAAUUUCACCACAAAAACAUCUUCAUCAUCGACAUCAAUAUCAUCCCUAUCUUUCAAUAUCUCGACAUUCUCCACCAACAAAACUUCAACAUGAUCCUACUUCAAUUUUAACAACAUCAACAAAUAAAAACAAUUAUCAACAUACACUUUCCCCAUUAUCAAUUAAAGACAAAAUCCAACAUCAGCAGAUCGACAGGAAAGAUUGUUUAUCGUCACAUCAUUCGGUACCAUCGACAAGCGCCGCCGCCGCUGCUGCUGCCGCUGCUGCUGCAUAUUGGCCAUAUUUGUAUACACGUUGUAAUCCAACCUCAACAGGCAAUGUUUCACGUCGUAAAGGUGGUCAGAUACGGUUUUCUGCUGAACAAAGUUUGCAAUUAGAGAAGAAAUUUGAAAUCAGUCAAUACUUAUCGCCUGUCGAACGCAAACAAAUCGCUAAAACACUUCAAUUAAGUGAACGACAAAUCAAAACAUGGUUUCAAAAUCGACGCGCAAAACAUCGUCGAUCUGCUGCAACUGUCAAUAAGAAAGAUUUAGAUAAAUCGUGUUCAUCACCACAACAAAGCGAUGAUGAAGAUGACGACGACAUCGAUGUUGACGAUGCUGCCGAUGAAGAACAUGCAACAUCAUCAAAUUCAAACUAA